AUGGUCAAAAUCAAGCAGUUCUCCGUCGAAGCCUGGAUGGAUGAACACGAGCACAAUUGCAAAUACAACAUUGCCGAGACAUGCGCCGCCUCCAUCUCUAUAGACCAGCUACGUGACAUCUCUGACGAUAAACAGCGUCAAGUUUUCGACACUGCCAAACCGCUCACAUAUGGCACCAUUAGAGGUUCCCAAAAUCUCAGGGACAAUCUCUCUCGCUUGUAUUCCGCAAAGACAGCAACCCCGCUUCCAGCAGACAACAUCCUGACAACCCCGGGCGCCAUCCAAGCAAACUACUUGACUGCAUAUGCCCUCGUCGGAUCUGGCGAUCAUGUCAUCUGCCACUAUCCCACGUAUCAAUCACUCUACGAGGUCCCAAGACAGCUGGGUGCAGAAGUCGACUUGUGGAAGGCCAAACCCGAAGACGAUUGGCUCCCAUCCAUAGACGAGCUCAAGAAACUCAUCAAGCCCAACACCAAACUCAUCAUCAUCAACAACCCUAAUAAUCCCACCGGUGCUGUUCUCAAAAAGUCUUUACUUCAAGCCAUCAUCGACGUGGCCGCAGAACACGACAUCAUCAUUCAAAGUGAUGAGGUCUAUCGCCCUCUAUUCCACUCCAUCAACCCUCUGGAUCCAGAAUUCCCUCCUUCUAUUCUCUCAAUGGGCUACACCAAAACCAUCGCAACUGGCUCCAUGUCAAAGGCAUAUGCUAUGGCAGGCAUUCGAGUCGGCUGGAUUGCGAGCAGGGAUGCUUCCAUUAUCGAAACUAUUGCUGAGGCGCGUCAUUACACCACCAUCUCAGUCAGCUUCUUUGACGAGCAGAUCGCUGCAUAUGCACUAGAUUCGAGCACGGUUCAUAGCCUUUUGGUUCGAAAUGUCAAUCUCGCCAAGAAGAACAUGGAGCUUAUGGAUAGAUUUAUCAUCAAGAAUGACGACGAGUGCGAAUGGGUUAGGCCAGUGGCAGGGACAACGGCAUUCCUCAAAUUCCACCGUGAGGGAAAGCCCGUGGAUUCGGUGGACUUUUGCAAGAAAUUGUUGGAGAAGACUGGCGUUCUAUUCGUACCUGGAAGCAUGUGCUUUGGUGAAGAAUUUAAAGGCUACGUAAGGGUGGGUUUCGUCAACCACACGGAUAUGAUAAAGGAAGGUUUAGACAAGGUAACACAGUUUGUGAGGAAGAACUUGGACGAAGUUGCUCUUGCCGAGUGA